AUGGAAACAGGAAACCAAACAAGAGUUUUAGAGUUUAUCCUCCUUGGGCUCUCUGAUGAUACAGAAUUUCAGCCACUCAUAUUUGGACUGUUUCUAUCUAUGUACCUGGUCACCAUUCUGGGAAAUCUGCUCAUCAUCAUGGCCAUCAGCUCUGACACCCACCUCCAUACCCCCAUGUAUUUCUUUCUCUCCAACCUGUCCUUGGUUGACAUCUGUUUCAGUACCACUAUAGUCCCCCAGAUGCUAAAUAACAUCCAGACAGGGAACAAAGUCAUCCCUUACAUGGACUGCCUCACUCAGGUAUAUUUCUCUAUGUGUUUUCCUAUCCUGGAUACUCUACUUCUCACUGUGAUGGCCUUUGACCGGUUUGUGGCCAUCUGUCACCCCUUACACUACAUGGUCAUCAUGAACCCCCACCUCUGUGGCCUCUUGGUUUUUAUUACCUGGUUUAUUGGUGUCAUGAUAUCCCUCCUCCAUAUUUCUCUGAUGAUAGAGCUGAUCUUCUGUAAAGCUCUUGUAAUUCCAUAUUUCUUCUGUGAACUGACACAGAUUCUCAAGUUGGCCUGCUCUGAUACCUUCCUGAAUAGCACACUGAUAUAUUUUAUGACAGCUGUGCUGGGUGUUUUUCCCCUCACUGGUAUCCUUUUCUCUUACUCACAGAUUGUUUUGUCCAUAAGGAAGAUGUCCUCAUCUAGUGGAAAGCAAAAGGCAUUUUCUACCUGUGGGUCUCAUCUCUCAGUUGUUUCUUUAUUUUAUGGGACAGGUGUUGGAGUCUAUUUCACUUCUGCAGUGACUCAUUCCCCCAAGAAAGUCUCAAUAGCCUCAGUAAUGUACUCCGUGGUUACUCCCAUGCUGAACCCCUUCAUAUACAGCCUGAGGAACAAGGAUAUGAAGGGGGCUUUGGGAAGAAUCCUUAGCAGAGCAGCCUCUUAACCUGUGAUGGAUCCAUUGGCCCAGGAAUAAGAAGUUUUAUGGGUAUCAAUGGCAAAAACAAUUUGAUU